GAGGUUAGUCCCUCCGCGCGCCGUGUUCUCUGCAGGUGCCGUUGAGGAUCAGACGGGUGUGCAGGAGAGAUCCAGACCGACCCCCUUUAACAGUUCUCCCUCUAAACGGAUCCGUCUCUCUGAGCAGAGCAGAUCCUGAGUUUCUGUUUGUUGUUGUUUGUUGUUUGUUGUUGUUAGCUCACAGGUUAGCCUAGCUAGCCUCGUUAGCCCUUGUGGCUAACUCUCCGACACUGACUCUCACCUUUCCCUCACCUGAAGAGAGCAAACCCCAACAAACACCAUCAUGCAGGACUUACUGGCUAACGUGGACCACAUCAAGUUCGACCUGGAGAUCGCGGUGGAGCAGCAGCUCGGAGCUCAGCCUCUGCCUUUCCCCGGCAUGGACAAGUCCGGAUCAGCUGUGUGUGAGUUCUUCAUGAGAGCCGCCUGUAUCAAAGGCGGCAUGUGUCCUUUCCGUCACAUCAGCGGGGAGAAGACGGUGGUGUGUAAGCACUGGCUCCGAGGACUGUGCAAGAAGGGGGACCAGUGCGAGUUCCUCCACGAGUACGACAUGACCAAGAUGCCCGAGUGCUACUUCUACUCCAAGUUCGGUGAGUGCAGUAACAAAGAGUGUCCGUUCCUGCACAUCGAUCCAGAGUCUAAGAUCAAAGACUGCCCGUGGUACGACCGAGGUUUCUGUAAACACGGUCCGGACUGCAGACACAGACACACCAGGAGAGUGAUCUGUGUCAACUACCUGGUGGGAUUCUGUCCUGAGGGGAAGUCCUGUAAAUUCAUGCACCCUCGCUUUGAGUUACCGAUGGGAGCCUCUGAGCAACCUCCUCUGCCACAGCAGAUCCAGAACCAGGGCAAGCCUGUUCCCACCAUCGGCCGCUCCUCGCUCUCUCUAAUCCAGCUCACCAACUCCAGUCCAGGCCAGCGGCCGAUGCACUCCCAUGGGAACCCCAUGGGUCUUGGUCAGCAGAACAACAUGAUGGGAAACAGAGGGCCUCGGCCUCUGGACCAGGUCACCUGCUACAAGUGCGGGGAGAAAGGUCACUACGCCAACAAAUGCACUAAAGGUCACCUGGCCUUCCUGAGCGGGCAGUAACCACCUUGAGGUUCGGAGGCCGUGAAGCAGCUCGUCCUCGCUGACGUGAGGAGACAAGACGAAGCUCCUUCAGGGGACAGAAAGACUUUUCAUUUCAGCGUCUGAGCUCAGGGUGAAAUUAAACACCUCACCGGAGGAGGAGUUCAGACCGAGCCGCAGCCCUCCACUCAGGACGCUCCUCUCUCCUCUGGUCAUGUGACUCACCUGAGCAGCGUCCACCUGUCCCAGUGUACAGUUACAGAAUGUGAUUCAUGCCAGUAGAAUGUAAAUAAAUGGUGUUUGUACUCAGA